AUGAUUUCACACUCUGGUUUAUCUCUUUUUGGAACAGAAGUACUUUUGAAAAUGCACUCCGUGGGAAUCUGUGGGUCUGAUGUCCAUUACUGGCAACAUGGGCGAAUUGGAAAUUUUGUGGUGAAGUCUCCAAUGGUGCUGGGCCACGAAGCAUCAGGAACCGUUGUUAAAGUAGGGUCGUCAGUAACCAAGUUAAAGAAAGGUGAGCUGAAGCUGUUCCCAAGUCCCCUCCAUCUGUCCUCUUAUGACGUGGAGAAACAAAUUCAAUACGCUGCCUUGUUUACAAGCAAUGUCCUCUUUGUAAUUGACCGAAAAUGCUACCGGAUAGGUUACAAACAAGGGGAAUGUAGCUGUAUCUGCUACUGGCUGACUGUUGCUUCCAUGCUUCCAGACAAUGUCACCUUUGAAGAAGGUGCUCUUGUUGAGCCCCUUUCAGUUGCAAUUCACGCCUGUAGAAGAGCCAAGGUGACAUUGGGUAGCAAAGUCUUCAUUUGUGGUGCUGUCCUUAUUUCUUCUCAGGCAACGCGUCCUGGUGGGACUUUAGUUUUGGUGGGUCUUGGCCCAGAAAUGGUCACCGUGCCCAUCGUGACGGCUGCGGUGCGUGAGGUGGACAUCCGUGGGAUCUUUCGAUACUGCAACACGUGGCCCAUGGCGAUCGCGAUGCUCGCAUCGAAAAAAAUCAAUGUGCAACCGCUGGUGACCCACCGUUUUCCUUUGGAAAGGGCCAUGGAAGCGUUCGAGGCAACCAAGAAAGGGAUCGGGAUAAAAAUUAUGCUGAAGUGUGACCCAAACGACCAGAAUCCCUAAAAAACAUAAAAUAACCCCAGACAUUGCAUCCCGUUCUAUAUUCCCCUUCGGGAGAAUUAAGUCCGAGGAGAAGAAAAUGUAAACAUAGUGACUCAGAGCCUUAAACCGCCGAUAAUGUAGAGCCCUCGUCAAGGAAAUAAAUGUUAUGCAAAUGA